ACGUUGUUGUUGGCGGUAUUUUUGUUUGGUAUCUACAGUGUUUAGUGCCAAAUUCGGGUGUAACAUUCACUUAAAAGAAAAGCUAUAGAUGUUUGUUUGGCUCACCCAGCACUCUGACUCCAGCACUCUCAAAGCAGACAGAAAUGGAGCAGGACAUACAGUCCUCUCAGUCUUCAGAGGUUGCUGCAAAAGGAGUGUUGUUAGAGGAGUGUGAGGAGCAGUUUGGACUGCUACAGAAGCUUCAAAAUGAAAUAAUUCUGGCAGACACAGAGGCUAAUGAUGAUCAGUCCAAUGAGGCAGUGAAUUGCCUGAUUGCAAUCACAUCUGAGCUAGAGCAAUGGCAAGAAAUUGAACCAACAUUGCUGACAACAAGUCCUGAAGUCUUAUUAGCGGUUGGUAAAGAGUUGCAGAGACUCAACAGUCAACUUAAAAUGGUCCCGUCAUGCUCACAAGCAAAGCUGGAUGUCCAGAAAAAGAUUUUGAAAAGGGAGCAGACACAGCAAGCAGAGAAGAAAGAAGCAUUGAAUGCAGUGUGUGAGAAAAUCACCAGAUUACAGCGUGAAAACGAGAAAUCAGAGCACAGCAUUUUGCAGGAUAUGAAGAGAAAAAUUAACAAUCUAAAGGACUAUCACAGCAGUCUCAUGGAAAUGCUGAGCGACAUGUUAGCUGAGCACUUCCCACUUCCUGAUCCCCAAGGAAACGGCACAAAGAAAAAAAGAGCUGCUGCAUAUGAUGCAGAGAUUAACCUGAUUUCACUGAGUGAGAUUAUCGAGAGAUUGACCAAUAAAACAUUAGAAACUCCUCAUGACCCUUAUGUGAGUACUGAUGACACUUUCUGGCCACCAUACACAGAAAUGCUUCUUCGCAACGGUAUUGCAACACGACAUCCAGAAGAUUGCAAUAAAAUCCGUAUGGCAAUUUUUUUUUGA